AUGAUGGAGAUUAUGUCCUUGUGUGAGGGCGGGUUUGAAGAUGGACCGAUGGCGGUAAAACUGGGAUCGAACGCGCGGAACAUUCAUAUGGCGGCCUCCACAUGGGCCAGCAUAAAAGCUAUCCGCCCAGGGUUCUUCGCCACCAGUUCGGUCAGCUCGUACAUCAGCACCGAGUCGCCCAUCGCGAAGGCCGGAGUGCUCGCCAACAUCGGCCCAGAUGGCUCGCUGUCAUCUGGCGCGUAUCCCGGCAUCGUCAUCGCGAGUCCGAGCACGGAAAACCCAGACUACCUCUACACCUGGACCCGCGACUCCUCGCUGACAUUCCAAGUGCUCAUUGACCAGUUCAUUUCCGGCGAGGACACGACGCUGAGGAGCCUUAUUGACGACUUCGUUGAGGCCGAGGCGACGCUGCAGCAGGUCACGAAUCCUAGUGGAACGGUCAGCUCUGGCGGUCUUGGUGAGCCGAAGUUCUACAUCAAUGAGACAGCAUUUGAGGGAUCGUGGGGUCGCCCUCAGAGGGAUGGCCCUGCGCUUCGCUCGACGGCCAUGAUAACUUACGCCAACUGGCACAUCGCAAAUGGAAACACGACGUACGUGAACAACACGCUCUGGCCGAUCAUCCAGCUCGAUCUGAAUUAUGUCGCUGGCAAUUGGAACUUUUCAACCUUCGACCUGUGGGAAGAGAUUGACUCGUCUUCAUUCUUCACCACGGCAGUGCAGCACCGCGCUCUGCGUCAGGGAGCCACUUUAGCAAACACGAUCGGACAGACGUCCGUCAUAAGCAACUACGACACGCAAGCGGGGGACCUGCUUUGCUUCUUGCAGUCGUAUUGGAACCCGACCGGCCGACACAUGACUGCCAACACUGGGGGAGGCAGGUCUGGGAUCGACUCGAACACCGUGUUGACGUCGGUCCACACAUUCGACCCGAGUGCAGGGUGUGACGCGAUAACGUUCCAGCCGUGCUCCGAUAAGGCGCUGGCUAAUCUGAAGGUGUAUGUGGAUUCGUUCCGAUCCAUCUACUCCAUCAACAGCGGUAUCGCCUCAGACGCGGCGGUUGCCACGGGACGAUAUCCUGAGGAUGUCUACCAGGGUGGAAACCCGUGGUACCUUUGCACGUUCGCGGUCGCGGAGCAAUUAUACGACGCGCUCACCGUGUGGGCAUCACAGGGCUCGCUGGAGGUGACGAGCACGUCUCUUGCAUUCUUCCAGCAGUUCGACUCGGGCGUCGCUACGGGCAACUACUCUUCUAGCUCGUCCACCUACACCACGCUCACGAGCGCAAUCAGAACUUUUGCCGAUGGAUUCAUCGAGAUCAAUGCUCAGUAUACACCGUCUGGAGGCGCCUUGUCGGAGCAGUACAACAAGAACAACGGUACUGCUCUCAGCGCAAUCGACCUGACGUGGAGCUACGCGUCUGCGCUGAGCGCAUUCGCUGCUGAGGCUGGGACAACGUACGGCAGCUGGGGCGCGGCAGGUCUGCAGGUGCCGUCGACGUGCGCAAGCGGUGUGGCUGUAACGUUCACUGUCACAUACGACACGUAUUAUGGACAAAAUGUCUACAUUGUUGGCUCCGUGGCUGCUCUUGGCAACUGGUCGCCCAGCAGUGCUCCCCUCAUGUCUUCCGCAAACUAUCCCACCUGGAGCAUCACCGUGUACCUUCCACCAAGUACUGCGAUCCAAUACAAGUACAUUGCCAUGGACGGAAGCGACAUCACAUGGGAGGGCGACCCGAACAAUUCUCUCACAACGCCUGCGAGUGGAAGUACUACGCAAAAUGAUAGCUGGCAUUAA